CAAUGGACCAUAGACUGACUUUAGUUCGAAAUUCAAAUUUAAAUUGAUUUUUUUUCAAAGUCGAACGAAUCAUAAUUGUUAAUGUUUCAUAUUUUUUUUAUUUGACUGCAUGAUGGUCAUGCGUCGUGUGAAAUACGUAAUUUUUCGUACGAAUUGAGACGUAAAAGGUAGUGGUCGUGCGACUAUAUAAUUCAUACACCAUAAUAACUAAAAUAUGUUGAACCGGUGGGAUUAAAACGGAACUAUUAUGUAUACGUUGCUUCACGGAUUCUACAAGUAUUUGACGCAGAAAGAUGAAUUUUGGGUUCUCAUACUCGGUUUGGACAAUGCUGGUAAAACGACAUAUUUAGAAUGUUCAAAAACGAAAUUCAAGAAAAACUACAAGGGUAUCAACCCUAGUAAAAUCACAACUACUGUGGGCUUGAACAUUGGUAACAUCGACAUAAACAGAGUGAGCUUGAACUUCUGGGAUUUAGGUGGUCAGUCAGAACUACAGUCGCUUUGGGACAAAUAUUAUGCUGAAUGCCAUGCAAUUAUAUAUAUUGUGGAUUCAUCUGACCGAGAGCGCAUGGAUGAAUCAAAGAAAACAUUUGAAAAGAUGAUAUGCAACGAAAACUUAGGGGGCAUACCACUUUUAAUAUUAGCAAACAAACAAGAUAUACCUGACUGUAUGGGUGUCCGAGAAGUAAAACCAAUUUUUAAUCAGAAUGCUCAUUUGAUUGGAAGAAGAGAUUUUAUGGUUAUGCCAAUAUCUGCAUUGACUGGCGAUGGUAUUGAUGAAGGAAUGCAGUGGUUAGUACAAUCAAUUCAAAGAAAUAUAGAAGUUCGGCCUCCAAAGAAUGCUGAAGAUUAUUAAACCUGUGAUUAAAAUAUUUAAACUAUAAAUCUUAAGUUAGUGAAUAAAUUAUUUUUUUAUAAAACAAAAUUAAAUGUUUUUUAAUAAAUUGUAUUACUUAAUUAUAA